AAUUCAAGAUCCCCAUGUUACCAAAAGAACCCCUUGCUAAGAUUCAAGCACACUCCAUACAUCACUCCCAAAUAAAGCAACCCUUCGCCGUCGCCUCCCCAUUUAUUUGUAAAUAAAUUAUGUCAACUCCCUCAUCCCACUAUUCCAUUAUAAAUACCUUCAAAUUCCUCCAACACUUUCUUAAGCCAACUUCACACAACUCAUUAAUCAUACCAACUCAUAAUAACCAUCUUUCCCUUGAUUCUCACCCUUUUCUCUCCUAUCUUUUGAAUUUGAUAUAUCAUUCACAACAUUGUAUGAUCAUUAAAUGGCCUCAACAACAAUGAAGACGACAAUCAAGGCAUUCGCCUUGGUAGCUAUCACCAUGGCAAUGGCUCUUAUCGCGCUUAGUUCAAUUAGUGUUACAAAUAAAAAACACGAGCAAUAUCACAUCAAAGAAGAGGGCAACAACAACAACAACGCGUUGUUGCCCCCUUCUAAGAAAAUAAGCCGAUUUCUAGUAGAGAACGAUAAUUAUCAACAACAUGGAAGAAGUUUAAAGCCUGCCGAUCAUUGUCACAAGGACAAUGAGGUUUGUGAUGUUAUGUAUGGGAAGAAUUUCACAUGUUGUGGUAACAAGUGUUUUGAUCUUACUAUUGACAAAAAACAUUGUGGAGCUUGUCAUAAUAAGUGUAAGUUUACUUACGACUGUUGCAAUGGAAAGUGCGUAGAUAAAAACUUUGACAAAAGGCAUUGUGGGAGAUGCAACAACAAGUGCUUGGUUGGACAAUAUUGCGUUUAUGGGAUGUGUGACUAUGCUUAAUUUCAUUGUAUAUUUAUUCUGUUAUAUAAUUAGUAUCCUAAUUAACAGUAUAAAUUCUUGGCUAAGAUGGAAUUUUUUUCUAUUUGAGCUAGUACAUAGUAUGUGCUAUAUAUUUUUGAUGUAAACUUGUUCUUGCUACGUGAGAUUCUUUUGGCAAUUAGCCAGAUUGAUAUUAAAGAUCAUUUAUAUUAAAUUCGGUUGCUAUUUAUUUUUCUUUUUGAUCUAUUGAUGAAUUAACGUAACGUAUCAUGCAUGCUUACAUGAUAUAUAUGACAUUGGAGUUG